GAGGUAGAGAGAGAGAGAGAGGGAGAGAGAGAGAGAGGUGAUCAGAAGCUGGAUGUCCUUGCCACUGCGCUGAGCCGGGAAGAGGAGUCCAACCCACAGAAAGAGGCACGAGAAACUGGGAGAAUUUUAAAAAGGACACUGAAGGAGUCACAGGGAAAUAGAAAGGACGGAAUUGUGAGAGAAAGCUUGGAACUCGGGGAAAUAAGGGAGGAGAGAACAAGAAGACUACGCUCACUGCAGCUGCUCCACUGGCAACAACACCCCCUUCACCACCUCCAGAAAGCCCUCUCCCUUCCCUCUCUCACCCCAUCCUCACUAGUUUGUCCUCUGCUCCUUCCUCUCUCUCUCUUUCUCUCUCUCACUCUUUUUUUCGUUUUCUCCAUCCAUCCCUCUCGGUCUGCGGUGUUAACAUGGAAACCGGCAGCCCGCGCAAGAUUCAGUUCACUAUGCCACUCCUGGACUCUCACCUGGACCCGGAGGCAGCUGAACAGAUCAGAAGAAGAAGGCCUACACCUGCCACUCUGGUGGCCUCCAGUGACCAAUCCUCGCCAGAGAUUGACGAAGACCGUCUUCCCAACCAGCUAUACAAGCAAGCCUUGUUGAAUUCCCCCAGGCAGAGGAGGAAGGGAGCGCGAGGAAAUCCCACCAUGAAAGAGCUUCAGUUUAUGGUGGAGCACCACCUGUACCGGCAGCAGCAGGGGGCCGACGAGUGCUCCUCAGAGAGCUGCCUGUCGGACCGGCCCAGCCCUGACGCCAUGCCUGCUGGAGAGGAGCUCCCCGACGACGAUGAGGAGGCCUGGAGCACCGGGGACCAGGCCGCUAGCACGGCCUUCGAGAAGCUGCGCUGCCAAAUGGAGGAGUUUUCACGGGAGAGCCUUUUAGAGGCUUCUGGGGGCAUGGAGCUUCCCCUGUCAAAGGAGGAAAUGGCUCCUUCCGCCUCCACGGCGACGUCAACACAAAACACACAACCAGCAGCAGACAGCACUGCAUCAGCAGCUAAGAAGACACAGAAAACCAGUGUGGAAAAGGACAAGUAGACCCAUUGGGGCCUGCCACUCUGUUCGUAUGGGGAAAAACCCAUUAAGAUGGAAUAUUUUUUCACUCCAGUUUUGCCUUACCAGAAUUGGAGGAAGAAAGUAUUAAGGCAUUUAUUCUUUUUUUGUUACGUUUGUUUCCAGUUUUGACAGUUGGUUUGUUCAUGCUAUUAAUUUUGUCUAUUUUGUUGUUUGUAUUGUAUACCACUUAUUUACUGUAAGUGGAGUUGUCAGGCCUGGCAAACAGGCAAUAAUCAAUAGUUAUUGAAUACUUGUUUUGCCACACUGACUUUGUUGUUUCAUGUGGGGCACUGUUUUUCCUAUCGGAUGUUAAAAUUUGGUUAAAUGGAUCAAAUGUUUUGACUUACAAUUAUUGUAUUAUACAGAGUUUUUUUCCAGAAAAUGUUGAUUAUUUUAUUUAAACAGUCUGCCAGUUAAAAAUCCACUUGUUCUGCUUUCAAACAUGCUACAUCACUACAUCUCAGAUUUGUUUAGGGGGAGUGGGGGGAUGGGGGGGCAUUCUGGGCCUGAUUUAGGUCUCACAAGAUUCCAGCACAUAUCCAUUUCUAUGCACCGGAGGCCUCAUACAGCUUUGUUAUCUAGUUAAGCUCAGAAUCCAUCAUAGAUCAAAAAGCAUCCAACAGAUCUAUCAGAUCAAUUCUGGCCCAGCUUGUUGAGUUCAGCAGCCAGGUCUAAAAAAUGUCUCCCUGACUAACCCUACAUUCACAUUGCAAUAGAUCCUGAUCUUUAUUCAGUGUAAAACGAAUGAAGUAGAGCACUGAACUUAUUCAAAAGAGCUGUUCUCUUUUAGAUUUGUCUUGUUGAACAAAAGACCCCUGUAGCAUCUUUGUGGGUGGGUGCAACAAGCUUCCUUAUCUGGAAUGUUGGCAGUUUUCCCUAUCAGUGAUUCCUCAUGCAGGCAGAGAACAUACCACGCUUGAUACGUUCCUGAAUUCUUGCUAUUACCUAUUACCUACACUGCAAACUUAUGAUUCAUUGCCGUUAUCCUACACAUUUCUUUCAACCCCAAAUUCUCUUAUGGACCAAUAAUAAUACCCUGACUUGACCAAAUAUUCUAUUUAUAUAUUCUAUUUUCUCUCUCUCUUUCACACACACACAUCAAAACAAAUAUACAUGGACACACAAACACGCACACACACAGUGCAAACACCUAAUUUAUAGUGCUAGUUUAAUUCCUAUGUUCAUCCUAGCCAACCAGUUAUUAUCCACUACAAUUGGCCCAUAAGGCCAUCUUCUGUCAUCUGGAAGCUUCUCUUCCUUCAAUGCAUCCUCAGAAAAAUGCAAUCUAAAGGCCACAGGCUCAGUAAGUAGUGUAUACUUUCCUCUUUAAGCUUGAUGGGUGAGAUCAGCGGAUCAAAAUAUAACACUGUAUACAUGUCUGUGGAUGGAUGACUGAAACAUUUAAGAAUUAAAUAUGUUUUUUGAACAUUUUUAUCAAGUAAAACAUUGUCUAUAAUAAACGUGCUGGGUGAUUUGAA